GUCCCUGCCAUUUCGCUAGCCUAUGAGGAAGCCGAGUCCGAUAUCAUGAAACGUCAGCCCCGUAAUCCGUUCACUGAUAAAUUGGUCAACGAAAGACUUAUCUCGAUGGCCUACGGACAGAUCGGUAUGAUCCAGGCCGCCGCCGGUUUCUUCGUGUACUUCGUCAUCAUGGCCGAGAAUGGGUUCCUGCCGCUGCACCUGUUCGGUCUCCGCAAGGGCUGGGACUCGAAGGCCGUCAACGAUCUGACCGACUCGUACGGACAGGAAUGGACCUACCGCGACCGCAAGACCCUGGAGUUCACCUGCCACACCGCGUUCUUCGUCUCGAUCGUCGUCGUCCAGUGGGCUGAUUUGAUCAUCUGCAAGACCCGCCGUAACUCGAUUUUCCACCAGGGCAUGAGAAACUGGGCGCUCAACUUCGGUCUCGUGUUCGAGACGAUACUGGCUGCGAUCCUCUCGUACACGCCCGGCAUGGACAAGGGCCUGCGCAUGUUCCCACUCAAAUUCGUUUGGUGGCUGCCAGCCUUGCCGUUCAGCUUGUCCAUCUUCGUGUACGACGAAAUCCGUCGUUUCUACUUGAGACGCAACCCAGGCGGCUGGUUAGAGCAAGAAACGUACUAUUAGGUCAACAAAUUUAUAUUUAAAAAGAUUAAUUAAAAAGAAGAAGGAAAAACUGAAAAAACUGGAGAUAAAAAAGAACCGUAAAAAAUAACAAAAAAUGAGCAUAAAAAAGUAAUUAUAUUUUUUUAAUUAUUAAAUUUAUAUAAAGUUAUAAAUUAUGAUUUCCAUACACACACAGACACACGAAAAAAGAUGAUGAAGAAGAAGAUGAAACACACACACAGACACACGAAGAUGAAAAUACUAGCGGAAAAAAUCGUGAAGAAGAUAAGAAGCAGUAUCUCCCGUCCUCAUCGAACUCAAUUCCCCCUUGUGCACAUUAACAUUCACACACACAACCGACAUGUCUCCCCUCGUUCGCAUCUAUAUGAUUAUCUCACGCACACACACACACACGCCGACACUCGUUCCGCCACGCGCGUAUGGAUGUUGCCAUGGAAACCUUUUGUGUUGUGAAGCAAAUGGAGAAGAGAGGGUCACAAGCGCCGCGUCAGCAGCAGCAGCCUACUACAACUGAGAAUCAGCGUCGCCGCGAUCGACUCCGGUUGAACCAACACAUUCGCACCCAGCCCACCACCCGUCGUCGUCGUACUCACACACACACAACUCACAUGAUCACACACAUACACACACAAGUUCACUCACAUACGCCAGUUGCGCAUUUUCGGAGCAGCUAAUCGUUAUUGAAGAAAAAUCGCGCGUUCGUGUUAGUUUUUAGCCACACAGGCAGAGACUCUAUAGCAGCCUAAAAAGCCGAAACGGGAAGAGCGAGAGAGGACAUUUUACACUGAAUUUGUGAAAUAUGAUUAAUAAACAAAAAAGUAACAAGCGAAACACAAACAAAGUAAUCUAAUCCGUGUGCGCCUACCUUCACGCAGUCUCACACAUACAUGCAGCCAUUGUGUACUCUAUUUCGCAUGCCAUCUCACGUACACACGAAGCCCGAAAGAUAGAGAUAUUUUGUCGUGUGAGUGUUCGUGUCUCGUUCGCCAUAAUGAUGUUCAAAUAAAACACACACACGUAAACACAUACACACACAUACAUGCAGACAGACAGACACAGAUAGAUCUUCUCUCGUGCGCUCGGCAAUGCACUCGGAAAAAAAGAACCCCGCCCCGCUCUCCCUUCCACCUGUCUCUGUCUCUGUCUCUACUCGCUAUACUACUCGUCCCGUUUCACACUCCUCUCAUCACUUUCUCUAGCCCGCCGCGCUUCCCCGCCUGCCUCCCGAAUCCCGCCCAGUCGUCUCUUCCGAGCAGACGCUCCCGUUUCCCACACGCCCCUUUCCCCCUCUCUAUCUUUCAUCAUUCUCUUAUUAUUAAUAAAUUAAAAAUACAAAAUGAAAUCAACUCGUUGUUAGUUACAAAGAAAAGCUAAUUUAAAAAAUUUAAAAAUAAUGAAGAAACUCUAGAAGUAGUGAGAAGAAUCAACAAAGAACUAAAAUUUAGUAGAAGCAAACUAAGAAGAAAAAAAAACAAGGAUAAGCGCAAGGAAAAAUUGUUAACGAAAGUGAAGUGAAUAUAUUAGAAGAGAAUAAAAGUUGUUUUAAAGAUUGUUUUUA